ACUUGUACUAUGAAAAGAGUACGUCUGGUCACCCUAAUUAUAAUGAUAUCAGCAGAUGAUAUUUCACCAGGAAUAUCUUAUGAAAUUUUGUCUUUAUUAUUAAUAUUAUGUAAACAUCUAUUUCAGAAACUGUCCAGCAAAUUAUUGAAGAUGGAUUCCAGUAAGUCAGAUGUAAAUGACUGUCAACAGAUAGCCAUUCAAACCAGUAAUCAUAAUGUUACUGUUAUACCAGUAGAGUUUAAUAGGAAUAGAGUUUAUAAUGAUUCCAGUGGAGAUUAUUUGGUAGAGCCAUACAGCAAAACUCAUGAUGAUUAUUCUCAAACUGAAGAAAUGCCUGGUCAGGGAUCCUUGUAUUCUGUGUCUCAGCGUCUUGCUCCAUUAAACCAAAAUCAGAUGGUCUCAGAUGGAGGAUAUGGUGAUCAACUAAAGUACUCUGCCAAACAAAAUGAUUGGGACAAAGAUAAAACUGCAGCAUCAGAAGAAAUCAACAGAGAAUGUCUAAAUGAACAGCAGAAUGACAACAGCAACGCUUCCGCACCGCUCGUCAACAAAUCCACGUCCACUUCGAGCACCUGCUUCGACCAGCCACAGACGACGCCCAUCUGCCUGUACCUGCACACGCGCACCGCCGUCAUGCUGGACGUCGAAGACGCUCCCACGGCCACCUGUGACCGCGUCUGCCAGGCGGUGGCGGGCUGCGAGGAGCUGGGCUUGAACAAGCAAGUGGCCUUGCAGGUGUUCGCGCUGUGGAUGGUUAGUCCGCUAUUAGAAUUGCAGCUGAAACCUUCUCAUAAACCUUAUAGAAUCAGGCAAAUGUGGCGUUCACUGAUAGAGAAAUACAGUCAUGCAUCAUACAACAGGCAACGACGAGACGAACCCAAGUUGAUUCUCCAAAGGAAUGUCUUCUUUCCACAACACCUAGAAGAAAAAAUCAAAGAUCACAAGACCCUCGAGCUGCUCUACGAAGAAGCGCGCCACAACAUCCUCGAGGGUCGCUACCCCUGCGAAGUCAUCCACUACGUGAUGCUCGGCGGCAUCCAGGCGCGCAUCGAGCUGGGCCCCUACGACGCGCACGCGCACACUAUCCACUAUUUCCGCGAGGAGCAGGCCAAGUAUCUGCCGGCGCACGUGCGGAAAAGCGCCACGUGGACGUGGCUGCCGAUCAGCUCGAAGCACUCGGCCGAGGUGAAGCUGCUGGAGCAGUUCAGACGGAUACCGAGCGCGGCGACCAAUCGGAAGUUGAUGAAGAAGUAUCUGGAGUUUUGUUGGUCGUUGCCGUUUUAUGGAGCUGCAUUUUUCGAGGGCCAAGUAGAACAACCUGUAAGAGGCUUAACUUCUUUGAUGACUCAUCAAGAUAUACCAGUACUAGUUGCGAUCAACUCCAAAUGUCUGUAUAUAAUUGACGAUCUUCAGUGUGUUAUAUUGUUGGGCCUCAGACUUGAGGAGUUUAGUUGGGAGUUUGCAAGGCCAUCGAGAGAAGAAGACCCAAACUGUUUACCGUGCCUCUUUUUACAAUUCAUGGUAGUGGAAAAUGGAGCGAGGGUAUCGAAGAUUUUGCAGGUGUUUUCGAGGCAAGCCAGCCUGAUGGAUACGCUCAUCACUAUUUUCGUUGGGCAGCUAAAAUCCACAGCAACUGAUGAAACUGACAAACCGAUUGAAAUUCAUGUAAAUAAUGAAAAUGGAUCACAUUCUUCACUUAUUUUAGGAACAACGCCUCCUACAACUCUACCUUCACUUGGUAACAAAUUGAAUAGACUUACUCUAGCCACUUUCGAUGAAAAUGGUCAUUGCAUCGGACAAAUGGGUUCUUGGUCACUCAGUUAUUAAUGUCUAGGAAAUACACCGCGUCAGAAUAUCAAAUACUAGUAUUAAGAUCACAUUUUACAUUUGGAUUCCUGAAUAUUUCUAAAUCUUCAAGGAUGACAGCUGGGGUGACAGGUAAUAAUAACCAAAAUGUAACAUUGUAUCAAUUUACUAUUCAAAGGAAUUCACACAUGAAACCCUUUGAUUAACCUAUAUGAACACUAUCAGAGGAUCAUUGAUUCAUCAUCACUUAGAUUGUUAGACUUGUCUACAUUGCUUACCUGUUCCAGUAGAUACUGUUUCUCUGUUCCAUCAAUGCAAAUUAUUUCUUGAAAAAUCUGGCUAUCUAUCAGGAAAAAUAUAAGUGCAAUAAUUUAGUUAUGUCUUUUGCUACAAACGUCAAAAAUCGACAGGGUUCGCGCAUUGAUAACAAUAUGCGCAGUGACACUUUUUUUCAGUAUCCUACCUUUUUGUAUUAUAACCUCUAUGGUCCUCAAUCGAGCACACAUCCAAGAAUCCAUUUAAUUAUAAAUGUUUUAGAAUGAUUAGGGCUCUUAAAGCCAGUUCAACACUAUUUUUCAUAUUAAGCUAAGCAUAUUUCUACGUUAGAACUAUAUUUUUUGACGUUUGUAGAAAAAUUGUUGAUAGUAAUUAGUGCGCGAAAUACGUUGGUGAUCUCGACUAUUUUUUUGUUCAGUUCUCGAUCACAAAAGUAGCAUGCCGCACAUUUGAUACAAAAAUAACUAUUUUGAUCGAGAGAUUUCUCACAAGUUUCCCCUGUUUUUUCGAAACUAUCUAUAGUUGAUUCGAAAAGUAAGGAACCAUAUUCAUCACAUUUUUAUGUUGAUCAUUGAAUCGUUUCAUUAUAAUAGAAUUGAUUUAAAGUACAAUGGAUAAUGUGAUCUAAAAACGAAUGCUUUGACAUUGAUAAGCAAUACUGACGUUAAAAUUAUAGUUGAGUUUUCAGUGAUAAAAAAGUUCAUUUUCAACUUGGUGUAUUUUCAAGAGUCAAGCUGCACUAUGUAUCCGAUUAAUUACAAAACAUUCCACCUUAAGUACAAUUUUACAACUAACGUCAAUCAUUCCUUAAUCGAUUCGAUGCCUAAUAAUAUGGCAGAUUAUCGCUGUUUGAUUCAACUUACUAGGUUCGUCAUCAUGAUAACCGAAGAUUAAAUGCACUACUUACGCAAAGAACAUGUUCCAGUUGAAUGGUGUUAGCGCUUCCAUUGCAGAAGUGACUAGAAGUGCUGUCGCCGCCCAUGUGCGACAUGUUCAUUGCGUCUGAAUGUACAAAUAACAUCACAAUCAUAUUGCACGUUACUUAACAUAAACCCAACGUUGUAUUUAUGACUAGCCGUGUUUGAGGACGGCACUUGCGGGACGUGACCGAAUCUUUUUCUUUGUGAUAUGCCGAAGGUUUUGAUCGGCGAUAAGCAAGAGAUUUUGGCUACUGAAAGACCAUUUUGGGAGACAAAUAUUGUUAUUCAAUAUCCAGAGGCAAAAUUCAGAAAUUUAUCAUUUUGAGUGAUUGUGCCAACAUAAAAACAUGAUUCUUACAUAAUCGUUUUGACAUAUCGCACCCUUUUUUCAAGAGUGACUGCUCAGAAUACUCGGAUAUCAAUAUUUUUAUGGCAUUGGGUAGAAAAAUGCCUGAAUUCCUAUCAGUAAAACUGCCGCAAGUGUAGUUCCAACAGUUUUUACGAGCAAACGCUAGUGUCACUAUUUUAUCCCAUUAAAAUUACUUAAACAAUGUAACGACGAUCUAGUAAGUCAUCAAGCUAUCAGACCGACUGCACGGUCUUGGUCCCAAUACUAGCUUAAAAAGUAGUAUUUAUUCCUAUUUUCCUUAUAAAGUGAAUUUCUCGCUAUUUUUCAGUUGUAUAGUUUCCACUAAUAUAAUAUGAAUGGAAAUUAUCGAUUAGGAAGCGGGGAUGCGAUAUGGCACACGGUAUUUAUUUCUUCUGUAUUACUGGAUAUUUCUUUCAUUUCAUAGAAUAAUAUUCUAGGUAGGAAGGUGAUAUUGAAAAUAAUAAGAGUUAGGUACACGCUCCACAUCACAUGCCGAAUCAAUGAAGCUAUUAUUUGAAUAUUUUGUGUCCCUCAUUAUUGAAAAACAAGUCAGUCCAUUCAAUCGAAAAUUGAAUACUUACAACUUCAGAAAUUAGACAUGGCGUGUCAUUUGAAAAAUGAUAUCUAACAAAUAUAAAAUAAUUUGAAUGCCUUUCUAUAAUUCCAACGUCUUUUUAUAAUUCAGGUGACAAACCUACCUAUCAGUAUAUUUUGAUGAGAGAUCAGUGCUAUAUUUGACAUUGAAAUAUUUUGACUAAAUUGCUCUGGAUGGAUGCAUUCUUGAGGCCGUCUCAAGGCCAUCUUAUUUGUUCUUCUUCUGGAUGAAUGCAAUUAUUUAUAUACACUGAUCAAAUCAAUAAUUAUUGUUAGUUUUCGCUCCGCUAUUUUCACUUCAGUUAUAUCUUUUUGUACAAUAAUAGUAGUAACUAUUGCACUGUCUCUCUAAAUUAAAAGUAACCAAAGAUUAAUAUGUGAUAUUAAUAUUUAUGUUGAUUUUUUUAUAUUUUAUUUUGUUAAUUUUACAUUAAUCCAUUGAAUAUAACUGUUUCAAUAGU